AUGGUGGCGGCGGCGGCAGCUGCUCCCCUAGGAGGGAGGGGACUAGCGGCUCCCGGGCCGCCGCCACUGCACACGCCCUCCCCGGGCUUUCCUCCCCGGGGCUCUGCUCUGCGCCCGGGCCGCGGACAUGUUCCUCGGACUGCGGACGGAGGGUGCUGCCAACCCCGGCGAUGCAAGAGCACAGAGGCUUCCCUCGGCCUCCUUCCAGCUGCCCGCGGGGUUGGCGCCCCCCACCCCCGCGCCUCUACACCUAGCGAUCCCCCGCCAGGGGGCGAGGCCAAGCUCGGGUGUGUGCCAUCGAGUCAGCGGAGCCCCGCCACCGCCACCACCGCCACCACCGCCGCGUCCCCACUGCUGCCGCUGCCACCCCGCCUCAGGCUGAAGGGGGAGACCUGCGGAAAGGUGACAAAGAGAGGGCCAGGAAGAGUGUUUUGGAAGUCAAGGUUAUGGGAUGAGAGAAAAUCAACAUUUGAUUCGGAGGAGCAAGCCCCACCUUUACAAACAAAGCAUUCUAGAAAGAAGGAGGAGGCACCAUCAAGAGGCUCUGAAGACCAUCAUGAGAUCUGUGAUCAAGUGAUCACAUUUCCAUGCUCCAUAUGCAAGUGCAACAUUAACCUACCUCGAGUUUUCCUCCAUAAAAAACAACACACCGCCCUGGCCACACUGGGCCUUAAAUGGAAGGGGGGAAAUAAGCCAGCGCCCUCAAUCAUUUCUGUUCAGAGACAGCUGAUAGUUACUAAACUAUUGUCAUCUUUUACGUUUACUGAAACAGUCCUGCAGAACAUCAAUAAUGCUUUCGAACUACUUCGGAAGAAACAAAUACCAGCAUACCGUAAGAUUAUUGGUAAUAUUCACAGCAAUCCCAUGUAUCAUCCCCAAAAAAUCUGCCAUCUGUUAAUUAAAGGAAUGGCCAUUUGUGAUGACAGGAAUUCUACAUGGAAAGCUGACAUGAAUGAUAAAUUCACUGUAGUGAAUAAUUUUGGCAAUAAACCCAAUGUGUGUUUCUUCGGUUUGUUUGAUGGGCAUCACGGAGCCUCCGCAGCAGACUUCGCAUCAAUGGAACUGCCAGUAUUACUUCUCCACCAGCUUUCCAGAUUUGAUCCUUCAUACCAAAUGACCCCUGAACAGCAAAAACUAAUCAGUUCCUUUCAUACAGUGUUUAGGGAAGAAUACAGAGCUACAGAAAACCUCUUUUCUAUGAAGAAACGAACAAAAGAGUUGAGGCAUGAACAUGAAAGCAUACACAAAGCCUUUGCAAAAGCAUUUUGGAGAAUGGAUAGGCUUUUACGUCUUGGAAGGAAAGAAGUAUCCAGGGUUCAAUGGAGUGGCUGUUCUGCAGUUACCUGUAUAUUGGAAGGCAAAAUUAAGAGUCCCUAUGCCAAGAGGGAUCCGAGGGGAAUCACUGAUCAAUAUGGUUGGGCAGAGAGCGUCCCUUCCCAGAGGAUGCCACAAGUAAUUUCUGGAGAACUACAUGUUGCAAACACUGGUAAUGUGCAAGCAGUCUUAUGCAGAAAUGGGAAAGGGUUUUGCCUAACCAAAGAACACACUAUGCGAAACACAGACGAAAGAAGACGAGUACUUCAGAAUGGAGCAAUAAUCAGUUCAAAUGAACCAUAUGGGCUCCUGGAAGGGCAAAUGAAAACUUCAAGAGGGCUUGGAUUUCAUGGAAACUCCAAACUGAAAAAAUUCAUUAUUCCAGCACCUCAAACUAUUUCUGUCUCUAUAGAUGAUUUAUGUCAAUUCCUUAUCUUAGCAACUAAUGGACUCUGGGAAGUUCUGGAUAACAAGGAAGUCACUGCAUUGGCAUUAACAAUGUUUCAAGUGUAUAAAGAAACACCCAACAUCCAAAAGAAAUCUUCACCAUCCAAAGGUCCUCUGUUUUUCCCAGACAAUGAACCAAGCAUUACUGUAUCAGACAGUAAUAUCUACACAUUGUUUCAGUGUAAAUCUGAAGAAUGUGUGUCAAGUACAAAUGCAAAAGAACAUAUGUCUGAUUCAAAAUAUUCUAAAUAUUUCACUUGUGAUCCUAAAAAUGCACAAACACUUCUACCAGAAAUGACUAAUCGUGAUCCUUGCAGUGAAGAAACUGACAGACACACAGAGGGUCUGCCAAAAGACUUAAGUAAAGAAAAGAUAAGCACUGAGAGUUUCUAUGAAGGCGCAGCUGAGUAUAUCAGCCAUGAACUUGUAAAUGCUGCUUUAAUGGCUGGCUCCAGAGACAACAUUACAGUUAUGGUCAUACUUCUCUGUGGAAGUGAGUUAUCAGUUUCUGAAGUAAAAGAUAAAAGUUCUGAUUAUCCAGAAUACAAAAAUAUAGACAAUUCUUCAAUGAACCAGAUAUUAGGAUAA